GUUAAUGAUAUAAACGGGAAUUAAGUGGCUUAUCCACGGCAGUUGCAGUCAUUUUAACAUUAGCCGUAUUAAGGCAGAGCAUCUCGGGGAGGCCCCGCCGUCUCUCCACUCCCGCCCCUGUCCGAAUCUCCCGUGAUUUGCCGAGAACGCCCGGGUGAAGUCGCAGUUGUUUCUCGGCUGGGGGGACAACUUGACAGCGAGGCCCGUAGCUGGUCAACCCCUCCCCCAGUCCCGUCCGUCCAUCCAUCUAUCUAUCUACCCGACCGUCCGCCCGUCCGUCCGUCCAGCCCGACAGACCACCCUCCUCGCCCGAGAUCGAAGCGAGGUGACGGGGGAUUCGGGAUAAGCUGAAACUGUGCGUCUCGUCCCGUCUCAACCGGGCUGCCUAAACCAGAGGGGAUGACUCUGGAGUCCAUGAUGGCUUGCUGCCUGAGCGAGGAGGCGAAGGAGUCGAAACGAAUCAAUGCAGAAAUUGACAAACAACUCCGCCGAGACAAGCGCGACUCCAGGAGAGAGCUGAAAUUACUGCUUCUCGGUACUGGAGAAAGUGGCAAGAGCACCUUCAUCAAGCAGAUGAGGAUCAUUCAUGGAGCUGGGUACUCAGACGAAGACAAGAGAGGCUUUAUCCGACUUGUUUACCAAAACAUCUUCACCUCCAUGCAGGCCAUGAUCCGCGCCACUGAGACCCUCAAGAUCCCUUACAAAUUUGAACAGAAUCGGUCCAACGCCAUGCUUGUGAAGGAGGUGGACAUUGAGAAGAUCAACGGGUUUGACUUUCACUUCAUUGCAGCUAUCAAGAGCCUGUGGUCCGACCCGGGGAUCCAGGAGGCCUAUGACCGCCGCAGAGAGUACCAGCUCUCUGACUCCACUAAAUAUUACCUUAGCGAUAUAGACCGUGUGACUGCAGAGGGAUAUGUUCCCACCCAGCAGGAUGUGCUGCGGGUCCGUGUUCCCACCACGGGUAUAAUAGAGUACCCGUUUGACCUGGAGAACGUCAUCUUCAGUUAUCUUUCCGAUCUGGAUCGUAUUGCAGAUUCCGGCUAUCUUCCCACUCAGCAGGAUGUGCUCAGGGUGCGCAUCCCCACUACAGGAAUCAUAGAGUACCCAUUCGACUUGCAAAGCAUCAUUUUCAGGAUGGUGGAUGUCGGAGGCCAGAGAUCAGAGAGGAGGAAGUGGAUUCACUGCUUUGAGAAUGUCACCUCUAUUAUGUUCCUCGUGGCGCUGAGUGAGUACGACCAGGUCCUGGUGGAGUCCGACAACGAGAACCGCAUGGAGGAGAGUAAAGCUUUGUUCAGGACUAUCAUUACCUAUCCCUGGUUUCAAAACUCCUCCGUCAUCCUCUUCCUCAACAAGAAGGACCUGCUAGAGGAGAAGAUCUCCUACUCACAUUUGGUGGACUAUUUCCCAGAGUUUGAUGGUCCCCAGAGAGAUGCACAGGCAGCACGGGAGUUUAUCCUCAAGAUGUUUGUGGACUUAAACCCUGACAGCGAUAAGAUCAUCUACUCUCACUUUACAUGUGCCACGGACACUGAGAACAUCCGCUUUGUGUUUGCAGCUGUCAAAGACACCAUCCUACAGCUCAAUCUCAAAGAGUACAAUCUGGUGUGAGGGCCGGCACGCGGCGCCGGCGGCACAUCUCCUCUCCCCGUUGCACAAACGCACACCUCCUUUGGGGACCUGCGCUCGAGUUCACAUGCAUUACACAGCACACCACGUUGGCUUUCUCUCUCUCUCUCUCUCACACACACGCGCGCACACUAACCCAACCCUUCUAUAUUAUCUUUUUUUUUCCUCAGUACAGUACAUUCAGAGAUCCUCCCGCUGGCAAACGCUGCCCCUCUUUCACCAAAGCUCGCCCGCUUCCGCCGUCACUCUGCAGCUUGUCGCAGAGUGCCCGCUCCUCCCAAAGCCGGUUCCUUGCGUCAGCAUUGGCCUCUGCUGCCGGCUCUAGCACAUUUUUCAUCUGGCACACAAACCUUUCACAAGGACUGUACAGUGACUAAAGGGGACUUUGGUUUUAGUGUGUCUGUGUGAGAGAGAUAGUGUGUGUGGGAGGGGGUACAUACUUGUGUGUGUGCUUUUCGGGGAGCAUUAACUAGCGACAUCAAAGCCCCGUGUCCCUCCGGAGUGGACUCUCAGCUGUACUGUCCUUUUGUGAGCGCCUAUCGGUGUGGACGGAGGGGAAUGCUGUCUCUCCUGAAAACCACUAACAACUUGUCGGUGGCUUCUUGCAACAAAGUGACUUGGACAGAAAGCUUCACACCGGAGCGAAGAGGACGUGUGUCUGAGGAUUCUGUCUGCAUCGAGCAUCUAUGAAUGUACCCACCAGUGUGAGCAUCACAAUCGCAAAGAGAAAAAAGAUAGAUCAUAAAGUAAAUGCAUAAAUAAACACACCUUAGUUAAAAAGCUCGAGAGGGUCUCGCAUAGUUAAUCAAAAUCUGUUAAUUGCUGAGAUUUAAAAAUGUGUUUUUAAUGAUAGAAAUGUGUUGCGAUGUCUACUUCUUCUAUUUAAUGAAUAAUGGCUAAAGUAAUGGUGACAAUUGGUUAGAAAUCAAUGAAAACUUUUGAACUUUCCAAAACGACAUUGUAGAAAAAAGGCAACCAGAAUUUUUACUUGAUUAAAGUAUCUUUUUUUUUUCUUUUUAAGUUAAUCACAUGCUUCCCUCCUCGAUGUUUUCUAUAUGGAUUCACACGGACAGUUUUCCGUGUGACACCCCACACCUGUAUUACAAAACACUAGUAACGCUUGAGAGGACCCUGCUUUUGACACAGGCACUGCUCUGAUUGGUGGAAGCAGAUGUGGAGGGGAGCAUGACAUCAGUGUUUAUCAGCCUACGGAGCAUAUCUGCAGCUCGGGUUGCAAGUAGCUUAUUCAACAAAAUGAAACACGCCCACAGCCUGCAGUGUAAAUGGAAUCAUGCGGCAACAUCUCUGGCGUCACACCUGCGUCCCUCAGCCGUCCAAUCAGACACACUUGACGGUGACAGUCAUCAAUCGCAUCAGGAUGUUUCUGUUUACUUUUUUUUUUUUUCACUGUAUAGUCACUUUGUUUAUAUAUAGAUUGCUUGCUGUUGAGUGGGGAGAGGAAGGGGCUUAUGAACCUUACAAAGAAAACGCACUCAAGUCUGCAAACGUUGUUUGUGUAUAUUCGUUUGUAAAUACAUAUACACAAAACACUCCUGUACAAAAACUCUGUGGUACACCAUCUUUGGCAAAAAAGAGAAAAACAAUCCAAAAAAAAAAAUCAACUUUUGUUAGCAUAUAAUUUCUUUUCCCCAUGAAUUUUUGGUAGUAGUAGUAAUACUGUGAUUAUAGAUUAUUAUUUUUUUUAUUUUUUUUCACUCGACUAUUCAGAGCUGAGUGAUGGUGAGGAAACGCUUGGCAAGGAGCGAAAGUGGUUCCUCCCUACUACUGCGGCUGCUCCGCCCCCGGAGUACACUAACUAGGGCUCGUAAAACAAUCUUCACACUAUGGUGACAAGAUAAUCUUAAGAGUAAUUUUUUUUUUAAUUUAUCUAAUUUAUGGACCAGGUUUAAAGGUGUUGAUAAAUUGAUUGCUUUUGAGUCAUUUGAAGUGCUCCUUUUCUCAUGGUGGAGCCUACUUGAGUCUGAACUGCUGUAAAAAGGAAAAAAGGAAAAAAAGAAAAAAAAACUGAAUGUCUGGUAUAAUAAGGACUUUAUCUCUGCUUUCUAUUUCUUAUUGAGACAUUGCCAGUUGUACUUUGUCAUCCCAACUCCAUCCAUCCAUGAUGAUACUGUUUGGCUUUCUUUAGUAGCCUUCAUAUUUGUUUUGUUUCAAGAAAAAAAGAGAGAAACUUUUACUUCCUCUCAGUUUAUAGACGCAGCGCUGUAAUGCAUACUUAGAAAAAUGUACAGUACGAACGUAGGUGGACUUUUUUUAUCAAUGAUUGAAGACCCAUGCGGUCCAUGCUUGCCGUUUGUAAUUUAACACAGAAAUUCAGUUGUUGGUUUUUGCAUUGUCGAUUUCCAGUUUUUGAGGCUUGCUUUGAUAGUGCCAGUGAAGUGCAGAUAUACUUUUUUUUUUUUUUUUUGGUCAUUGACCCUUUCUACAGGUGACUUAUUUUUCAUCAUCAUUAAGGGCUAUCACAGUGCAUCAGACAGUGGGCAGUGGAGUACAGCACCACAUUGAACAAGUCAUCCACUACUACUCUGUUAAUAAAUGGAGAUCCCUUGCGCUUUGUGCUAGGCAGGGUGUAAAUGAAAGCAUAAGGUGUGUGUGUGCAGAGAGUUUUCCAACACUAAACGGUUCUUUCUGGUUAUUUUGCGUAUCUGACCCUUUGAUGAUUUAGGUGGACCCAGUAUCUGACUCCACCCUUUACUACUUUGUGUGCAUUUGGUAUCACAGUGUGACCUGUAAUACCUCUCAGUAUAGAAGCACUUAUCACUAAAUAGAUUACUACGAGGACGAGUAUUCCCCCCCGAAGUAUUUGACUUCAUGGCCGUGCUUGUGGCUUUGCAUGUUUUAACCCAUUAGCUCUUUCACUUUCUUGAUCAUGACUGUUUCUCAUUUUUUUUAACAAAUAUUUCCUACGUCGUGUGCAGAUUUUGGCUUCUGUUCAUUCUCUUCGGUACGAGUAGUAACCAGCAGAUAGUUAAACUGGAUUCUGAGAAAGUCCAAUCAACAGUUGGUACAAAGUCAAACACUCCCACAGUGUUACGGCCAUUACAUUAAAAUGAGCCUUUCCCAGUCGGUUUUCUCAACUGUUGCCACGCAACAUUUAGAACAAUUUUGAGGACUAAGUUUCACCUCCGUCAAACCCUUUAGAUUUCGGGGGGUUGAUCAGAAACAAAAGGCUGCCUAAAAAGACAGAAUCAAAGAUAAUUUUCAAAAAUGAGAAGCAGUGAUGUUACGGUUGGACACUACGUUAAUGGGGCUAAAAUGUAUAUUUCUAAACACGUGUGGUCUUUAACUGCCAUUUUUUUGUCUGCUGAAAUCUGCACUAACCUUAAGCAGAAGAAAGCUGAUAGCCAACCGUUCGGCGGCUGUCAUAAAGAGAUGCCAGUAUUUAAGUGGAACAAUAUACCAGUAUGGAUACCCAAGUAUUUAGCUCGGCUUACUUUAACAGUGACGAGUAAUGUUGUGUUUUCAAACUUGACACUACAACAGAGGCACGUGAUGAAGGGCUGUCUGAUAGUGUUGUUUUGGUAAUGUUGGCGUCCUGCAGUGUUUUUUUUGACACAUUUUAUCUCAACAUAUACUAUCUAGAGCUAAGGAAGCCAAGUCUGUACCAAACUUUGAUCUCCUUUUGAUUCUUUCAUCAAUGACUAGUGAAAGAUUGCAUUGUUUUCUUCACUACAACACUUUUUUUUUUUUUGGCCAUGAAUAAUGAAAGUUGGUGUUUUGGCCCUUUGCGGUUAUGGAAAAUGCUCUGACCUUUUGGGUUGACCGUGGUUGUGUGAGUUCCUGUCGGUGUGCAGUUGGUGCAUAUUCAAAACUUCUAUCUUGUUCCCUUUUUUUUGGUUUUUCAUUUACUGUAUCAAUAGAAAAAAUUACCAGAACUCUAUUAUUUAAGAACACUCUAUUUUAUUUUGUCCUCACUCCAAUGAAACCUGAAGGUCAAUUGUGUAGUGGUGUAUAAAAUAAAAUGUUUUUCUUUUAUUUUGUACGUAAACCAAAUGUAAAUGAUGUAUUAUACUGAGUGUGCCAUUCCCACUCUCUAGAGCAAGGCUCUCUAAGUGCCAACGCUGUGGUCAUCAUCAAAGGACCACCACCUGAGACGCCCCCCCCCCCCCCCCUCCCAAACCUCUUCUUUUUAAAUAACACACACCAGAGACUAAAAGGAUAGAUGGUUAAGUACACACAAAGACUUUAUUCUGCAUUUAAGAUUCAAGAUUAAAAAGAUAAUCUGUUUUUUAAGAAACUGUAAUUAUAAUUGCAUGUGCUGUUUAUUUUGUGUUGGAAGUGAAGAGAGUUUUCAUUGAAGCAGAACCCUUGAUGAAGGGGCUCAGUCAGUUGGUUAUUAUUGAUUAACAUAACUCUUGCCAUAUUUUUUUUAUGUGUUUCAUGUAUUUGUUUCAACCACUGUUGCCUGAUCCUCAUUCGAACAUGACUUAUGAUCAUUGCCGCCUUCUAAGAGAGAAACAUAAUGACAAGGUAUCCGUUUUAAAUUGAAAUAAAUUUGUUCCUAUACUUGC